GCAGCUGGAACCUCCUCAGACCACCCAGAUGAGCCUCAAAGCUCUGUCGAAGAUGCACUGGACACCAGAACAUGCCCAGCCUCUCAACCAGUGGCCAGAUCAGCACCUGGAUGUCUCCUCUACCACUCCGUCACCAGCCCACAAGUUAGAGUUGCCCUCUGGGGGCCGCCAGCGCUGCCACUAUGCCUGGGCCCACGAUGACAUCUCUACCCUCACAGCCUCCAACCUCCUCAAACGAUAUGCAGAGAAGUACUCGGGGGUCCUCAACUCUCCCUAUGACAGACCUGCCCUGGGGGGCUACGCCGAAGCCCCCUUUGGGGCCAUCAACGGGGCUAAAGGAGAUGUGGAGUCCUGGCCUGGGACCCCUGGGACGGAGCCGCCCUACUCAGUUACCUCCCUCCAUGAGGGUCUCCCAGGAGCCAAGUCAGCCACUGGAGGUGGGGGAGGAGGGCCAGGAGGCCUAGGAGGGUCUCCCGUAUUAGCUGGGAAUCUCCCCGAUCCUCUGUAUACUGGCAAUGCCUGCGGGGGGCCAUCUGGAGGGCCAGAGUAUGGGCCUGGCUAUGGUGGGGGGUACCUCGCUACUGGCUACUGUGGGCAAGCAAGUGCAGCUCUGCCCCCCCCACCCUCAGCGGGGCUUCUCCAGCCACCCCCACCCCCCGGUUAUGGCCCUUCGGGCUCCCUCUACAACUAUGCCUCAGGGGGCUACCCAGCCCAGCCUGGUUUUGGGGGCCUGCCCCCACCCCCACCCCCUGGCUCUUACCUCUCCUCAGGUCUGGCAACACCCACGCCCCUGCCCCCACCAGCUCCUGCCCCACCGACACCUGCAGCCUAUGGCUUCCAGCCCACCCCACCAGGCGGAGAGCCCGGCAUUUCCCUGAAGCGCAAGGCCUUUGAUGAAGGUGGGGAGGGCAGAUACCACAAGUACGGCUACGAGCCCCCCAAGCCCCCCAUCCCCGACGGUCCCUCCUACCCGCCCCUGAACAACAACGGAGAGUGCCGAGGCCACGGCUUCCGAGGGAAGCUGCCGGGCCCCAGGGAGGAGGUGCCGGGCAAAUACGGAGGUGGGGGUGGCCCUGCCCUCAAGGUCCUGGCCUCUCCGGGGUACACCCCACACCAAGAGCCCUUUGAGAAGUUCCCCGACCGGGCGUCGGUGGAGCGAGGGCUGGCCCCAACCUCUCGGGAGGGCUUCGCUCUCCCGGCGGAGCCUCCCAAGGGUGUGGACCCCGCGGCCCUGGAGUUAGUGACCAGCAAGAUGGCGGACUGCGGCCCCCCGGUGCAGUGGGCUGACGUGGCUGGGCAGGGCCCCCUCAAGGCCGCCCUGGAAGAGGAGCUGGUGUGGCCCAUGUUGAGACCAGCCGCCUACUCACGGGGGCCUUGCCCACCCCGGACUUUGCUGCUUUUCGGCCCUCGGGGUGUAGGCAAGUCCCUCCUGGGGCGCUGCCUCUCCACCCAGCUGGGCUCCAUGUUGCUGUGCCUGAGUGGAGCCGCCUUGGCAGCCCAGGGCGCAGGGGAGGGUGGGCGCCUCCUCCAGGCCGCCUUCUUCGCUGCCCGAUGCCGGCCGCCUGCCGUGCUGGUGAUCAGUGAGCUGGAAGCCCUCCUGCCCGCCCAGGACGAGGCCCCCGCCUCUGGGAGCCUGCAGGCGCAGCUCCUGUCUUACCUGGAUGGCAGCAGCGGGGCUAGUGGGGAAGGGCUGGUGGUAGUGGGCACCACGCCCCGGCCCGGGGCGCUGGACGAGGCUGCCCGGAGGCGCUUCACCCACAGAUUCUACGUGUCCCUGCCGGAUGCGUCCGCUCGGGGGCAGAUCCUGCGGCGGGCUCUAGCCCAGCAGGGUUGUGGUCUGAGCGAGGGGGAGCUUUCAGCUCUGGUGCGGGGCACACAGGGAUACUCAGGGGGGGAGCUGGUACAGCUGUGCCAGCAAGCCGCGGCCAGAGCCGGCGCUGGAGCCGGGAGUGGGGUUGGAGCUGGCGGGGGCCUCCCAGGGUUGCGGCCGGCCCCCUCCUACAAAGACUUCGAGGCAGCCUUGGCCAAGGUAUGUCCCCAAGCCUCCCCCAAGGAGCUGGACUUGUAUGUAGAAUGGGACAAAAUGUACGGCUCAGGGCACUGA